CAUGACAAUGACGUCAGACAAUAACAAAAACGGACAAGUGCACGGUGUCCGAUGUUCACUUGUUUUACAAGGGUGCUCAGCAUAAGGAAAAACCAUCUUCUGAAGAAAACCUGUGAGUAGUGGAUUUCAACUUUGCAAAAUGGAGUCAGACACAUUUGAAAGUCUGGAUGAAUCAGACUGGGUAGCCAUCAAAGAAAAUCCAUUUCCUAAAAAAGAGGCAAAGACAAAGUUGAACUUCCAUGUGGCGUGGAAUGAUGCUUCAGGAAAGCUUGCAGUGACAUGCAGAUCUCACAGUCGUGUGGUCAGUGACACAGCAACUAAUGGGGCCUGGUCUGGACUGUUUUCUUGUACAGAAUUGCAAGGUGCCCAUGAAGAACUGUCAAGUGUCUAUCCCGAGUUGUCCAAAUACUUUCCUGAGCUUCCCUACGAACCCAGAGGUCUGUGGGCCUACAUCUAUCCUCCUGUUGAACUGGAGGAGGCACUUAUACAAGACCUGGAAAAUUACUUUUCAAUGGCAGUUGAAAUCUGCCCUGUGGACUUUUUGGUAAACUCCUUGUUUGAAGAACACAGCGUGGAAAAAUAUUUUGAGAGCAUUGGAGACCUCAGGAGACAAAAACUUGAAGAGAAACUAGAAAAUGCCAGAGAGGAGCUACAAACUGUUAUUGCUAGUAGAAAAGAUUCAAUAAACUUGCUUGACAUGGUACAGGCAUACAAAUUAGAAGACGAAGCAAUGGACAAAGUGUUUGCAGUGUUGGCAAAGCUCUAUAAUCUGCAACUGCAGCCUUUUUUAGACUUGAGGGAGAUGGGCUAUUCACAUUUAAAUGCUGCUAGAAUUAAACUGCACAAUCCUGAUUUAGGAGAGAGAAUAAAAGCAGAAUGCAGGAAGGUGUUCACAGAAUGGCAGGAACAGUAUUCUAGUGCCCUGGAUAAUAUUCAAGACCUGUAUGAAAAGUACUAUAAAACCACUGUCAAGUGUUUUCAUGAGAUGCAAGAGAGGAUGAUAGAAGACCAGAAAAGGUUUGGAAAGUCUGGGUUUGAAGACAUGGCAUUACCACGAUUAAACAGGAUUACUGAAGAUCUGGCCCAAGAGGAGCUGCAGUUGCUUAGGAUGAAGAAAAAGAGAGUAGAACAAGAAAAGGACAAAGUUAAAGAACAGAUAGCCAGCUUAGAGGAGGGGCCCACGGCAAAACAAGACAUCCAGAGGCUAGAAAGAGAAGCAUUUGAAUGCCAGAAAAACUUAUACAAGGCUGAAAUGUCCAUUUUGGAGAAGGAAGAAGCACUUUACAGAAUAAGAAUGGAUAUGCGUAAAAAAGAACUAACAGAUGCUGAGGAAGAGGUGACUUUCUUUGAUGCUGUUGAAGACAUAGAAGAGAUCAGUUCAGAUGAAGAAGUGGAACCAAAAAGAAAUGAAGACCCACAUCUGGCGAGUUUGAGAGAAAAACUGAGCCAUAUUUUCAAAAAGAGAGCUCAAAUUAGAAACAAAUUGAAAAGUAUGGACAGGACGAGAGUUAACAAGGAACAGAAAAAAAUAGCUGCUGAUGCAAAAUUCAAGCAGCAUCAUGCAGUGCAAAUGAAAAGAGAUCAGAAAAAAGAGGAAGAAGAAAAGAAGCAACAAUUUAUUGACGAAGAGAGGAAAAAGGCAAUCCAAAGACUUAAAAGUUACAAGAUGAAGUACCCGACCCCUGACACAAUCAAGCCCCCAAGGUACCAGCCUCCAACAAGGAGAAAAGGUUCACAGUCAUCAAAUGUAGAAGCCACUCCUCCCAGGUCUAGAAGCAGCAGUCAGAAAACCAGGAAAAGACCUGUGGCACAUGCAGGAAAAGAGUCACAAAAGAAAGAAAGGAUACCAGCAAGAGUCAGUCCACAAUUGAAAACUAGUUCAGUUCAGGAGCCUUCCCCUUCUCUUACUUCACCUGUUCCUCCUCCUGCACCUCCUCCCCCACCC